AGAAGUCCUAGGGUUCUUCUAGAGAGAAGCAUGACCGGCCAUGGAUCCGGGGAAGGCGCCGAUCGAUCGCUACCAGGCAGGUCUGGCGCUCCUCUCCGAUCUACAAGCCGAUGGAUCGUUGGCGGCCGGCAGCGUCGAUGCUUCUCCCAAAAUAUUUCAGCUCCUCCGAGUGGUGCAUGCGAUCGAGAAUGCCGCAUUCUCGCCGAUAGGGAAGGAGCGAGUAGCGAAUUUCAGGGCUGCAGCGCUAACACUAGUAGCUGAUUUUCUCCGCUCGGAUGAGGAUCUUUCGCGUGGUUGCAUCACGUUACUGCGCGCAGGUGUAGGGGCUGCCGAGGAGCUCGAGAAGGUAAAUGAUGAUUUGGCGACUGCAAACGCUAAAGUUGAAGAGCUCCAAGAAGCUCUGGCAAACGAGGUGGCCAGCAAGGAAGCUCUGAUGAAGGAGAAUUUUGUGUUACGAACUCGUCUCCAUGUACAGCAACAAGACCUCUUCCAGCACGACACUCAAAGCCGGGAUGUGGCUCAUCACUUGCAGGCUCUUGGCAAAGACCGGGCUCAAUUAGCUUCAGAGAAAGCAGUACUUGCGGAAGAGUGCAGUGUAAAAUCAGGCAUUCUAGAGCGUCAGGCAACGGCCAUCGCACAACUCAUGGACCAAUGCGAGAAGGAUGCCAAAGAGCGUGACAAAGUUGUCGAGUCCUUGAAGGCUAUCAGUGAAGAAAAACAUGUUUUCGAGGUGAAUCUACGGCAGCACUCGAAGGUUAUCGAGAACUUGAUACACGCAAACGCGGAUCUCAUUGAAACAGCCAACAACUUCAAAGCUAAUCGCGGUUUGUAAAAAGGCAUAUUCGGGAAACUCCAUUUGGUCGUUUCGUCCAUGUAUGGACUUCCUUUACUUUUUUUCGCUGUAUAUGUAUAGCGCGUACAAGGUGGAAGGGAUUUAGGCA